GUUGAAGCACAAGUGCUGAAUCAGCUCUGGAGGGAAGAGGGAGGAUAUUCUGCUUCCAAUUGACUGCUUGUGCUGACAUCACUGAAGUUUAACCUUGCUGCAUCUGUUUAAAAAGGAACUCUUGGUAAUCUUUCCUCACUUUCAAUUGUUCUCGGAUCCGCCUGUGUUACCUGAACUCAGUAAAGCACUACCACCAUGGCUGAGGAACUGCUUGGUUGCUGGGAGCUGGUUUCUUCUGAGGGCUUCGAUGAAUAUAUGAAGGGAAUUGGUGUAAGUUAUGCCACCAGGAAGGCUGCUGGUUUUCUGAAACCUGUUGUGACUAUCAGCAAAAAUGGAGAGAAGUGGAGUAUAAAAACAGUGAGCGCCUUCACAACUACAGACCUCUCAUUUACAAUAAAUGAAUUGUUUGAUGAAAACACAGCAGAUGACCGGAAAUGCAAGACUAUCGUUACACUAGAGGAUGGGAAAUUAAUACAACUUCAAAAGUGGGAUGGCAAGGAAUCUACAAUAACGCGUGAAGUAAAAAAUGGUCAGAUGAUCACGAUUUGCAUAUUUGGUGAUGUGAAAUGCAAUCGGGUCUAUCAGAGAGAAAAACCAAAAUAG